ACUAGUCCAUUAAACAUAGAAAUACAAAUUAUGUAUUUUCUAAUAAAAUUAUAUUACAACAUUCUACUGAAACAUUUAUAGUACGGCUAACAUUCUUUAUAAUAUAUGCAGUCUACUGCCGCGUAGGAAAACUCCGGAAAGAACAUAUUUCGGACAGCAACCUACACGUGCCUUUCCUAUUCCUAAUUCAAGAGUGCUUGUUGCUGUGUAUGUACCAGGCAAGAAAACUUAUGUAUUAUCUUAAAAACAGGGGAAAUUAGUAAGCUGCAGAAUGCUUAAGUCAAAAACAUUUGUGAAAAAAACCCGUUCCGGUGGGGUUAUGAAGAUAGUCCGUGAGCAUUAUCUGAGAGAUGACAUUUGGUGUGGAAGUGAAUUUUGUGUUGAAUGCAAACAUGAUUCAACCGUGCUGCAGAAAGAAGCCGUUAUCGAAAGCGACUUGUGUUCGUCCCCUCACUACAUAAUUCCAGACACAAACGUUGUAUUACAUCAGAUUGAUAUUCUUGAAGAUCCUUUGAUCAAGAACGUGAUAGUUCUGCAAACAGUUCUGCAAGAGAUCAGACAUAGAAGUGCCCCAGUCUACAAAAGAAUCAAAGACGUCAUCCAUACUGCAGCAAAACAUUUCUACACUUUUACUAAUGAACAUCACAGGGAAACGUUCAUCGAGCGAGAACAGGGAGAGAGUGCAAAUGACAGAAAUGACAGAGCAAUCCGCACUGCAGCGCAGUGGUACAGUGAACACUUGAAAAAGGCCCCAGAUGCUCAAGACCUGAAAAUAAUUUUACUUACGAAUGACAAAGCGAACAAGCAGAAAGCGGAGGAGUGUGGUCUGAGUGCAUAUAAAUGUGAAGAGUAUAUAAAGAGUUUGAUUGCUAAUCCUGAGCUGGUGGACCGACUUGCUUUAAGUUCAGAUGACAUCAAUGAAAUCACAACCGGUAAAGUUCUCUUCCCGGAGCAUCUUCCCCUCUCCCGCAUCCAGGCCGGGAUCAAGAGUGGGAGUCUCCUCCAAGGAACGUUCCGCGCUAGCAGGGAUAAUUACCUUGAGGCCACUGUCUUCAUCCAAGGCGACGGAGAAGAUAGUACAGAGGUUCUGAUCCAAGGCCUGCAGAACCUGAACCGGGCCGUGCACCAGGAUGUGGUGGCGAUGGAGCUGCUGCCGCGGGAGGCCUGGGCCUCCCCCUCCUCCUUGGUUCUCCUGGACGAGGGCCCCAAGGCUGACUCUGAGAACCUGGAAGAGGAGAAUGUGCUGAACUGUGCUGCCAGCAACGCCCUGUUGAAACCUACCGGAAAGGUGGUGGGCAUUAUUAAACGAAACUGGAGACCGUUCUGUGGGAUGCUUUCUCAGUCCCACAUCAAAGAGGCAACAAGACAUUUAUUUACACCGGCUGACCGUCGUAUUCCCAGGAUCAGAGUAGAAACCCGGCAGGCGGCAACCUUGGCGGGUCAGAGGAUCAUGGUGGCCAUUGAUGGCUGGCCCAAGCAUUCUAGAUACCCCAACGGUCACUUCGUGAAGGCGUUGGGUAACGCCGGGGAUAAGGAGACUGAGACGGAGGUGCUGCUGCUGGAGCAUGACGUUCCUCAUCAGGCCUUCUCUCAGCUUGUCCUCAGCUUCCUUCCCAAAAUGCCUUGGGCCAUCACAGAAGAGGUAAUAAGACCCCUGUGCUGUAAUGCGAUGGUUCGGACUCUCUCUGGUUCGUUCCACAGACUGGCGUUUUCCUGCAUAUGGGAAGUGAACCAGGACGCUGAAAUUCUCCACACAAGAUUUACAAAAAGCGUAAUAAACUCCAAGGCCUCGCUCACAUACGCCGAGGCACAGAUGAGGAUAGACGAUUCCAACAUGAAUGAUGACAUCACCAAGAGCCUGCGGGGGCUAAACAGGCUGGCAAAGAUCCUUAAAAAGAAGAGAAUUGAAAAGGGUGCACUGACCCUGUCUUCUCCUGAAGUUCGCUUCCACAUGGACAGUGAGACCCAUGACCCAGUAGAUCUCCAAACCAAAGAACUCAAGGAGACCAACUCCAUGGUUGAAGAGUUCAUGUUGCUGGCCAACAUAUCGGUAGCGCAGAAGAUCUACGACGAGUUUUCUGAGUGUGCUCUGCUCAGGAAGCAUCCAGCUCCACCGCUGUCCAACUAUGACAUCCUGAACAAGGCUGCCAAGUCAAGAGACGUUGUGGUCCAGAUGGACUCCGCCAAAGCCCUGGCUGACUCCCUGGACCGGGCCCAGAUUAAGGACUUCCCGUAUUUCAACACUCUGCUGCGUAUCCUGGCCACUCGCUGCAUGAUGCAGGCUGUCUACUUCUGCUCUGGAAUGGACAGCGACUUUCACCACUAUGGCCUGGCAUCACCCAUCUACACCCACUUCACCUCGCCCAUCAGGAGAUAUGCUGACAUUAUAGUACACCGGCUGUUGGCGGUGGCCAUUGGAGCAGACUGCACCGACCCGGACCUGCUGGACAAACAUAAGCGUUCGGCUCUGUGCAACAACCUGAACUACAGGCAUAAGAUGGCUCAGUAUGCCCAGCGGGCCUCCGUCGCACUCCACACUCAGCUGUUUUUCAAGAGCCGGGGGGUUCUGAAUGAAGAAGGUUUCAUCCUUUUUGUGAGGAAGAAUGCCAUCAUUGUCCUCAUCCCAAAGUUUGGAUUGGAGGGUACAGUGUUCUUCGAGAGCAAAGACAAGAUCACGCCCCCUCUGACUUUUAACGAAGAGGGGCCUACGCUGACCGUGCAGAACCACACUUUUCACUUGUUUGACAGAGUGAAAGUAACCAUCAGUUUAGAUUCGUCAAACAUUCAACACCAGAAAAUAAGAAUGUCCAUCAUAGAGCCAGUGAUUCCAGGAGUCAGUGUUGAUCCCCCUGAGAUGGAGCCUCAGACAAAGAAAGCCAGGCUUAACCCCUGAGAUCAGGGGUCUGUUACAUCAGUGGUUGGUGUAUUUACUCACCUUUCUGCCAUACUUAAUUCUCAGUUAGUUUUUUAUAAAACAUUUAGCCCAAAUUGGUACAUUUUAAGUAUGAUAUAUUUUUUCUAGGACUCCUUGCCAGAUCCUUAGAAGAACAAGUUUAAGUAAUUUAAGUCUAGAGCCUGGAAAAACCUGCUUAAGACUUUAAAAUAAAUGUUUCAAUUAAAUCCCUUUGCCUGUGUAUUUUAAGGACAUUAUGAACUUUUUUCCCCUGAUGGUGAUCUAUUUUAUAAUUUAUAUUUUUGACAAGAUUUUAGAAUUUUGUACUUACUGUAGAAAUUCCUUAUCUUUUUUUUUCCAUUUCAACAUCCAGGUUUAUCAAAGCAAUGCUCUUUGUUACACAUUAUCUGACUAAUAAAUCUAGCUUUACUGAAG